CCGUAGAAUUUUAGUAGAUUUUGUAAAGUUUUUAUAAUGGCGAGAGCAGACACGGGUAAUGGAAGUUUAUAUAACAAUACUAAACUAAAACGCAUUAAAAAGAAAAGUAAAACCGAAGAAUACUUUGAUGAACACUUAACUGAAAUAUUACCAGAUUCCUACCAGAAUGGCGACGUUGUUUCUUCUGAGCGUUUGCUCGCUUUUGCUGACGUUAUAAUGGCAAUCUGCGCAGCUUUUCUAGUCGUUCCAAUACGAAACUUAGUUUCAUUGAAAAAUGGUCAAACUCUUCUUGAAUUCAUUUAUAAAAUUCAAACUGAAGUUAUUAUGUUUUUCCUCGGAUUCGCUGUUAUCUUGGCAAUAUGGGAGAAUAUUAAUAUACGAGCAAUGGUAAUUAAACGUAUCGAUGAUAUUGUGUUAACGCUAGUUAUCAGUGAAUUAUUAAUUACCACAGUACUUCCUUUUUUAUUAGCACUUCAAGGGCACUACCCAUUUGAAAUCGCGUCUACAAUUUUAACUUGUUGCAUUUUGGGAUUGAUUCAAAUAAUUGACAUAGUGUUGAUUUGCUACGCCACCUCAUCACCAAGAAUUCUUCAUAUAGAAAUGCAAAAAUGGUCCAAUUGUGAACUACGCAAAGUUCGAACAAUAUUUUUAAUAAAACCAAUUGUUAGCUUUUUACUUGUUUUAGCCGGUGGUUUAUUUUGUUUUAUACACUUUGCUAUUUCUUGGUCAUUUAUUGCUGUUUUAGUAUUCAUGCCAACAAUUCGUAACCUUCACCUGUUUAUUCGACAACGAAUCGACAAACGUUCAAAGAUGGAAAAAUAUCAAUUUUACUUCUUCUUUUCUAAAGGGAGCAUUCUAAAAGAUAGAGUUGAAGUUAUGAGUGAUACUAUUAUUGCUAUUGUCGCAUGUAUCUUGAUUCUUGACAUCACUGAAAAGAAUUUUCCAUCCAAAGAAAGAAUUCAAAAAUACGGACUAUUAUCUGCACUAGAUAACAUGAAACCUGAAUUUCUUUCCUUUCUUGCUACCUUUAUUAUUAUCUUAACUCUUUGGUACGUUAAUCACAUUGUUUUGAACAUGUUUAGAACUGUAACUGCAAUUAUGCUACAUUUUCAAAAAAUAUUUCUUGCAUUUGUCAGCCUUUGUCCUAUUUUGGGUAGCUUGAUAUUAGGAUUUUCAAAAAAAGGAAACGAGGAUACGAAAGCAAGUAUUCGUGUUGCUGCCCUCGUAGUAUUUUGUUCAAGCUCAUCGAACUUGUUCAUUUUCCUUUAUGGUUUUUUAACAAAAAAAAAGUAUUUACUUCCGUCAGCUUUAAAUGAGCUAAAAUCCGAUUCAUACAACUACUUUUAUGCAAUAUUUAACGUAGCUACCGUUCCUGUUUGGUCAAUAUUUUGUGCAUUGGGUACGAUAGGAACUCCUAAAGUAUCACUGUGUAUGUUGUAUAUUUCGUUUGUUGGUUUACCCUUAUCUUUUAUAAUUUCUAAGCUAAUUCUUGUAAAUUUCUUCGGAAAAAAGGUACAACCGAAAUAUAUAGAGUUUGAGACAUACGAUUUUGAGCAGAAUAAAAAAAACACCAAUGAUAGUUUAGGAAAACAGCAUGUUCAAAGCAAUGUUUUAGAUUCAAUCGAUAACACUAAAAUAGGAUAAUAGCUAAAAGUUAUUUUAUAGAAGACAAAUUAGUGAGAAACGGCAAAGAACGUUAAAAACAACGUCUAAGAAACGGAUGGAAAAAUAAUAAAUAUGAUUAAAUGUUAAUUUUUUUUGUUAUAAUAAAAUAUAACACCCUUGUUUUACAUUCAAAGUCUUUUGAAAUUUUUAUAAUUUAAUUAAAGCUAAAAAUUGUUCCGUUUAAUUAAAUUAAAAAGAGAUUUUGUUUACUUAAGACAAUUUGAAAUUAAGGUUCGAAGAUAGAAUCAGAUUAAUUGUUUUUUUUAAUGUUAAGUUUUCCUUCCCAAAGACGAGAAGGCCACUACAAACGAUAUUUAAUUGCAGUUACAACCCUCUCAACUCUAUAACUCCGAAACACAAACCUUAUGUUUUGGAGGCCGCUGCGCGGUGAAAUUAGUUGAGCGCGGUACUACCAGGGACGUGGUGGGGAUCGAAAUCUAAAUUUCUCGCUUAUGAAGCAAGAACUCUACGACUACACCGCUAUCAAAAUGCUUAUCUGAUUAUUAAAUAUUGACUAUUUUUUACUGCUAGAAUAACCAAUAAAAAUUAAAUAACUUUGUCACGCAGGUACCCAGUCCACCUCUACAAUGCAAUACCCAGUCUACCUCUUUCUAUACCUUUAGUUGUCUUAGCUAAACUUCAACUUUGCGAUUUAAAUAUUGUUUUAUUUGUAGUGGCGAAUUCAGCAUAGUGCGUGAAACGAGCGGGAAAGCUGCCCUCUUCCCCAAAGAAUGGGAGUGUGAACAGCUAAAACAUUCAAUUUUGCUCUUCUUAUAAGUUUCUCAUUACUAACUCCUAAGUUUUUUAAAACGAAAAUAGGAAACUAUUCAAUAACAAACCCUCGUUUACUUUACAAAUUUGUCUUCAAAACAAAACGGAGAGAUUUUGUUUUAUAACAAUUUUAUAUAUAAUCACAAUGUACACAGACAAUGCACUAUUAACGUAGUUAAAAUCUGCUCAAAAAAAACAGGUGUAACUGAUUUAAAAUUUCAAGGCGCAAACUUGUUUUUUUUAAAAUGCUAAAGUCUUUUAAGAUUAAAUUUUCCGAACAGAUCGAAAAUUCUUAAAAUACUAAAAAUUUAUCAAUAAAAUUUACGAGUUAUGAAAAAAUUCCCAAUUCUAAUACAUCUUUAAACAGUUUUGCAAAGUAAUAUGAAAUGGUAUUUAAGUAUGUGUCAUUUAUAAAGGACACUUUU